AUGAACUAUAUCAUUUUUGUCUCCGCAGCCAUCCGUGCCCUCCACGCAUUCUAUGCGCUGGCUGGGUCCGGUACGCUGACGUCCUCCGGACUACUCGGUCUCCCCGGUGGUCCGCUGCUCUCCAACGCGCUCGCCGAGCUUGGUCCUCAGCUCGGCAUCCGCACGCUCCCUCACGUCUUCGGCCAGCACAUCGCCCGAGGGAUCAAGAGCAUCGCCGACGUCGUCUCACUUCGACUGUCGGCGGUCGUCAUCCCUUUCCCCUCGGUCCUCAACAAUACGUUGCUGUCUGAAGACGGUGCCCUCGCGUCUGAAGAUCAGUCAAGCCCCAACCUCGUACCCGGUCUUACGUCCGAUAAUGUCAUCCUCUGGGCGUCGUCUGACGAGACGUUCGAAGAGUCUCUGCAAGCCUCCUGGUCCACCUUUGACACGUCUUCCAUUGCCCCGCUCCCCGUCUGCGAGUUCAAAGGUCUCGAACUCCUCACCUUGACGAACGUGUGCUCGGCGGACGACCAGCCUGCUUCGGUCGACACAGCUCUCGUGUCCACGCCUUCCGUCACUCUGCUUCCCACCUGCGAGUUCAAGGUCUUCGAACUCCCCAAGCUAGAUGUGUGCUCGGUGGACGAUCAUCCCACUUUGGUCGACCAAGCUCUCGGAUCCAUACUUUCCGUCACUCCGCUUCCCACCUGCGAGCUCGAGGUCCUCGAGCUUGCCCCACCGGAAUUGUGCGCGGCGGGCGACCAGCCCACGUCAGUCGACGUCUUCAGACCCCAGGUUUUGGCCAACAUUCCUGUCAAGGCUCGAUUCGCGCGUUCAGGCACUCAAGAUUUCAUGGCAUGGCUUCUGCAGCUUCUCCCCUACGUCUAUUUCCCGACAAGGCCACGCCUAUUCGGAUUCGUUCUCGUUUCUGUCAUUCUCUGGAACUUCAAGGGUCGCUUGUAUCAACGCAAGCCUCGUCACGUCUACGUCUCCCUCGAUCACCAUCUUCUCGACAACGUCCUUCUUGUCAACCUCUCGCCCCCCGAAAUGCACGGUCCCAUUGUUCUCGAAAUAUCACCCACAUCCAGCGUUUGGCUCCCAUCUGUUCCGUCCACCCUUCUCCCUCUCCUCCCCUCAAAGAAAGGAAAUGAGCAUGCUUUGCUCACGGUACUGCCGUUGAACAACGGUGAGGAAGAUUUUGGACACGCAGCCAGUGCACCGGUCCCCGCUCCCAAUGCGGGCGAAGAACUCGAGGCCCUGCCACCAGCCAACAACGAGGAGCCCAUCGGGUACACAGCAAGAAUCCAACUCCCUCUCAUCCGACUCGGGAAAGGAACUGAGCACAAUUUGCUCGCAGUACUGCCGCUUGUCAACAACGAGGAAGGUUUGGCUCUCGCUGCCAACACCCCACUCCCCGCUCCGGACGCUGACGAAGAAUUCGAGCACGCUUUGCUCGUGGCCCUGCCACCGAUCGACGACGACGAGCUUGUCGGACAUGCAGCAAGCAUUCCUCUUCCCCCCAUCGACGCUGACGAAGUUCUCGGGCACGCUUUGCUCGAGCCGCUGCCUCCAGUCGACGACGAAGAAGCUCUCUACCACGCCAUCGCCACGCCGCUCCCGGCCCCCGAUGCGAACGAAAUAUUUGAACUCGCCGAGCUCGAGCCAUCACCGCCAAUCAACGACGAGGAGUUCGUCGGGUACACAGCAAGAAUCGAUCUCCCUCCCAUCCGACUCGGGAAAGGAACUGAGCACAAUUUGCUCGAAGUACUGCCGCUUGUCGACAAUGAGGAAGAUCCUGCUCUCGCUAUCAAUACCCCGACCCCCGCUCCCGACGCGGGUGAAGUAUUCGAAUAUGCCGCGCCCGUGGCAUUGCCGCCAGUCAACGACGAAGAGCUUGUCGGGUACACAGCAAGAAUCGAUCUCCCUCCCAUCCGACUCGGGAAAGGAACUGAGCACAAUUUGCUCAUGGUACUGCCGCUUGUCGACAACGAGGAAGAUCCUGCUCUCGCUAUCAAUACCCCGACCCCCGCUCCUGACGCAGACGAAUUAUUCGAGGACGCUGUGCUCGUGCCAGUGCCGCUGGCUAUCAACGACGAGUUCACAGCGAAGCAGAAGGCGAACAAGAAGAAGGCCGCACAGAAGAAAAAGAAGGCAGUGUCAGAACGCGCUGAACUUGUGGCGGCGGGCGGGCCGGUGUGGGGCACCUCUAGGAAUGCAAAGCGAAGGUUUAAGCAGAAGAAGGCGGAAAACCUAGAAGGCUCUGACAAGACGAGCGUCGACGAACCGACCGUUCUGCCCGAAAACAUUAUUUCUGUUUCAUCGUCGGUGGAAAUUGGCUCGCUCCUCCCCAUCGAACCUCAAGUCAACGAAUGCGAACAUCUCGUCGCUUCUUUGGGCGCCGGCGAUUCCGAGCCUGGAGUCGACUCCGUUAUGUACAGGAAGAAAUACUGGCGAGAGCGGUAUGACAAGGAGCCCUCAGCGCAGCCAGAUGACUUUCGUCGUCUCUCAAUCGACGCUUUACUGCUUGCCGGCCCUCGAGCGGACUCUACCGAUGGGGCUCGCGCCGACCAACGUAUCCACCUUGAUCUCGCAAUGUGUGACCCAACAUUCCUCGCGCUCGUGAUCUCAGUCCGUGGUCGAUGCCCGCUCCCCGACAACGCGGGGAUGGCGAUCCCCCUCUAUGACACUGCCAAAUCGGAGCCGACCUCUCAAGAUGGUCCGGAGCUCACGCGCGAGUCACUGCUCGAGGAGGGCCCGGAGGCGUUCCUCCACGACUUCGCAUCAAUCUCGCCUGUCGUGACGCGCACCAAGGCUCAGAAGCGCGCCGACCUCAGGAAGCGUCAACGCGAGGAGGCCUCGAGAGCCACGCCGACGGCUGAUACUGCCGCAGCCAAUCCAUUCACCGUGUUCGAGGUUGAAGAGGGCAUCAACCGGUCCACCGAGAGCGACGCUCCCGACGCUCUUCUGGCAGCUUCUCAGUCAAUCGACGCGGGCGCAUCUCCCCAAUAUCUGACUGCGACACAGCAGAGGAAUCAGCGACGACGCAACAAGGAGCGCGCCGAACGUCACGCAGAGGAUACCCAGUCAUCCGAGGGGUCCUCCACUCAGUCUCAGUCGUCGAACAAGAAGACCAAGAAGAAGAGUGCCGGCAAAAAGAAACUCGGGAGCACGCGACCAGUGUUUGGGAUUCAUCUUCAGCGCUAG